AGGUAGUACCUGAAGAAGAUGAAGAUGAGGGUGUUGCUGUGGGUCGUUGUUCUGCUCGGCCUCCUCCUCCCUUGCUCUGCUGACUCUCGACCCGUCGACUCCUCCCCCACCGCCGGCCUCCGUCGCCUGCUCCUCCUCCCCCGACCGCUGCUGGGGGAGGAGUUGUCCUUCCAGGUGGGCGGAGGUGGAGGCUCCUCCUCUCUGGCGGUGGGCGGAGCUCAGGAGGAGGAGGAGGUGGAGAAGUGGAGGAGGUCUGAGGAGCCUCCCAUCUCUCUGGAUCUGACCUUCCACCUCCUCAGAGGAGUCCUGGAGAUGGCUCGAGCCGAACAGAUCGCCCAGCAGGCCGACAGCAACCGCAAGAUGAUGGACACCUUCGGGAAGUAGUCCUCCAACUACUGAGGUCAUCUGAUUGGUCGGUUUCAUGUUUCAACUGCUUCCACUUCAAC